AUGGCAAGCUCAAACCACCACCACCACAACCAACCUCACAAUUCAUACCCCAACAGCGCAGCCAGCCAGUCCCAAACACCAAUAUCCCCCCCGGGCCUGAACGGCGGCGGCGGUGGUGGUGAGGACGGGGACAAGCCCCGGCUGACAAAGGAGCAGAAAAAGACUAAUCACAUCCAGUCUGGUAUGUUCUCCUCUCUCUUUCUCUUUCUCUCCCCCCCGACUUUUUUGCUGACGGGAGGGGGGAAAACAGAACAAAAACGGCGGCUUGCUAUUCGCCAGGCGUAUGAUGAUUUGUGCACGCAGGUUCCUGGGCUGGAGGGGCAGGCGAGGUCAGAGGGGGUGGUGCUGAAUGGGGUUGUGGGUUAUGUCAGGAAGCUGAUGCUGGAGAGGCAGAGGAUGAUUGCCGAAUGUGAGACUAGGGGGUUGGAGGUUCCGGCUGGGGUGAGGGAGGGGUUGGCGAACAUGCCGGUUGGGUUUUUGGACGAGGGGGAAGGGGGGAGGGAUGGGAGUGGGAGUGUUAGUCCUGGGAAGGGGAGUCAAGGGGGGAGGGAGUGA